AUGCGACUUCUGCGGACACAACAAUACGAGCUGCUCGAGGAAAAGGACUUUCCGGGGCAAUGCCCGCCAUAUGCCAUCCUAUCCCACACGUGGAUAUCUGCGAAAGAGGAAAUAACCUAUCAGGAUCUCAAGACUAGGAGGCAGGACAUUGACAAUGGCAUCUACAAGCAAAGAGGCUGGGCGAAGGUCAAGCAGUACUGCGACCGAGCGUGGAGGGACGGGUGGAAAUUCGCCUGGAUGGACACUUGCUGCAUCGACAAAGCGAAUGCGGCGGACACACAAGAAGCCAUCAAUGCGAUGUUCCGCUGGUAUCAGAAUGCUGUGGUUUGUUAUGCGCACUUUGAGGAUGUGGAUGUCAAUCGAAGUGUUCUAGAGGCUGAUCGCAUCGACUUGGACGUCCCCGAAAGCGGCGAUCUUGACGAUAGACCCGGGACAAUCCAGAUUGCCGACCAGGGCAAUGUUCUCCGCCGAGCUAUUGCCCCUUCACUGGUCCAGGCAAAGUGGUUCACCAGAGGCUGGACCUUACAGGAGCUUCUUGCACCUCAUUACUUGAUUUUCGUGGAUCAGUCCUGGCGGCGAAUCGGCACUCGGGAGUGCUGGGCCCCCGAAAUCAGGGAGGCUUGCGGCAUCGAAGCAAAGCAACUUAUCAGUUUCGACCCUACUGAUUUCGUUUCGUGCUCAAUUGCCAUGAGGCUGUCGUGGGCUUCGCGUCGCAGCACGACAGUUGAAGAGGACGAGUCGUACUCUCUUUUAGGCCUAUUUGGCGUCAGUCUGCCUCUGAUUUACGGAGAGGGACGGUGGCGGGCCUUUAACAGACUCCAGCGCGAAUUGAUCAUGACAUACAAUGACGAUUCCAUCUUUGCCUGGACAUUUAAAUCACCACGGACCAGCCUCAACGCUCCGGGCAAUCAGAACAGUAAGUCGUUCUGUAAAUGCAAGGAACUGUCCUCGUGGCCCAACUAA